UUCUUCUUCCUUCCGUCUUUUGAAAUGGGGAAGGAAUUCGAGUUCCAGCGGUCUCCUCUGGAAUCCAAGAGGUCUUCUUGAUGCAAUCCGUUGUUUAGGGGCGGGUUUCGAUUCAUUUCCGCUUCUUCUUCUUCCUGCGUUUUUUGUUGUUUAUAUGGAAGGCUGGGUUCUAUCUCUCCGAUUCGGUGUUUUCCUCCCAGUUUUGGCGGAUUUUGGGAUUUUCAUGGUCUUAGGUCGAUAAAGAUCUGAUCUUUUUGGUUGUGUUGGAUUCCUGUUUUAAAUUGCGUAAAGGAUUUCCAAGAAAUUAAUGAUUUUAGGGUUCUUCUCUCCGGUUUUCGGAGGGUUUUGGGGAUUCCAUGGUCGUAGUUCGUCAAAGGUCUCAGCUUUUUCGUUAUCUAUUCGGCUUGUUUGAUUCCUGGUUCAAGAUUUGGUUCCUGGUUUGAUGAGGUUUCGGAUAAAUUAGCGUUUUUAAUUAGGGUUCUCCUCUCCCCUUUUUUUGGACGAUUUGGGAUUCCUUGGCCGCUGAUCGAGAAAGAUUCCUUCUCUCUUGUCAGCCGAUCAGUUAUUUUCCUUGUCGUACAUUUUAUUGGGCACGUUUCUAAGAAAUCUAGGGUUUUUGUUCAUAGAAAUCCGGGUUUGCGAAGAUUUGUUGAGUUUGGGUUUAGGGGGUAUCGGAUUUCUUGUCUCUGAUAGGAAUUCGUGGGGUGGGAUUUAUGGAAUGUGUCUGCGAGUGUUUUCUAUGGGAUGCGUUCCUUGAAUGCGGUGGAGUUCGAAACCCCCCGGACGGAUAGCAUUUGAGAAGGAGGUAGAGGAGGCCAUUAGAGUGCACAAGGAGAUAAGAGAGAAAGAGCCAUGGGAGAAGAUCUCCUCACCUCUCUGUCCAUGGAGAACCACCACCCAUCCACUCUUCUUUCUAUGGAUCCCUCCGGCGGCCCGGCCUUGCUCUCCUCCCAUGAGGACUUGUCCGACCGCGAGCUGAUGAUCCAGCGGCCGCCCGACAUCAACCUCCCACUCUCCGCCGAGCGCUCCCCUCCCCAGCAAUAUUGGAACGAUAUCUUGGACGUCAGUCUUGGCUCUCAGGUCUAUGAUCCUGCGACUCUCCUGCACCUCCCCAGGGUCGGCGCAGCCCGCAAAUGUGUCAAGAGAGGCGACAGCAUCUGGGGCGCAUGGUUCUUCUUCACCUUCUAUUUCAAGCCAGCACUCUCCGAGAAAUCCAAGGCCAAGACAACCCGAGAUGGGAAUGGCGUCUUAGGCUUCGACAAGUCCGAACUCCAGUUUGAUGUGUUCUUGGUCCAGCACGACAUGGAGAACAUGUACAUGUGGGUCUUCAAGGAGAGGCCGGAGAACGCGCUGGGCAAGAUGCAGCUGAGGAGCUACAUGAACGGGCACUCCCGCCAUGGCGAGCCCCAAUUCCCAUUCAGCGCCGACAAGGGCUUCGUCCGAUCCCACCGGAUGCAGCGCAAGCAGUACCGUGGGCUGUCGAACCCUCAGUGUGUGCAUGGUAUUGAAGUGGUGAGGUCACCCAACUUGGCGGCUGUCACCGAGGUGGACCGCAAGAAGUGGAUGGAGCUCACUGGCAGGGAGCUUAAUUUCUCGAUCCCGCUGGAAGCCAGUGAUUUCGGGUCAUGGAGGAAUCUUCCCAACUCUGAAUUUGAGCUCGAAAGGCCUCCUCCUCAUUCGAAGGGCAUUUUGCAUCCCCACCCAAAGAAAUUGCUUAAUGGAUCAGGUUUGAACUUGUUAUCGCAUUCUAAUCAUUCCAAUGGUGAUGGGAUGGACCUUUCUCCAGUUUGCAGCAAGCGCAGGAAGGAUCUCUUUCGACAUGCGAUGGAUGAGGAUUGCGGCUUGCCCCUGAAUUCUUAUUCGGAGAGAGCCCAAGACAUGGACAUACACCCGGUCGGGCCAUCAUGGUUGAAUGACUUUAGCGGUGUGAUGAGGCACAUCUAUGGGCCGGUAACUGCUGCAAAGACGAUUUAUGAGGAUGAACGAGGUUACUUGAUAAUGGUUAGCCUGCCUUUUGCUGAUCAACAGAGUGUGAAGGUUUCUUGGAGGAAUAGUCUUACUCAUGGGAUAGUGAAGAUACUCUGUGUCAGUACUGCUCGGAUGCCAUAUGUAAAGAGGCAUGAUAGAACAUUCAAGCUGACCGACCCUUCUCCUGAGCAUUGCCCACCAGGGGAAUUCAUAAGAGAGAUACCGCUUGCCACUCGAAUCCCAGAAGAUGCUAAGUUAGAAGCAUACUAUGAUGAGACUGGCGCCGUGCUAGAAAUAAUGGUUCCUAAACAUCGUGUUGGGCCCGAAGAACACGAAGUUCGUGUAUGCUUGCGCCCUCCUCAUCUUGGAGCUAAUAAUCUUAUGUUGACCUGAACAGGUGGGAAUAGCAUGUGAUGGGUGGUUUGGCCAAUUUCCAUUGUUUACUAACUAUGCAGCAUAAAAGGAAAUUUGUGAAAUGGAAGUGCAUUCUUGCCAUAUUCAACUCUCCUUUGCAAUUUGGUUUGGCUGAAUAUUCUUGGUGGUUUUUCAUGUUUGGUUGGAUAUUUUUAGUGAGUUGCAUGCUUGAAUGUACUGACAAAAUGUUGAGGUUUGAGAACAUCUUUGGGAGUCAUGUUGAAAUUUUAGCAUGAGGAAUCAUCAAGUUAAAUUCGACUUUGAUU